AUGACGUAUACAACGCACCGUGACACCCAAGCAACCCUUCACAUUCUGGACGAGGCAGACAUGGACGUUGCCGAAUGCACUGACAAUGACCUCUACAAACGAUUUGGAUUGGAGGAACAGUAUGAGGUGAACCAACUGACCACAUGGCAACGAAUUAAGCCAAAAAUUUGGGCUGUUUUUGAAAUGCCACGGUCAUCGGUGGCUGCAAAGGUAGAUGUGCCUAACUCUCUUCAUGAUUUGAUUACUUUAGCGAUUGUUAAGCUUGCAUUCCUCAUCCCCCAACCCUAA